AUGGAGCUGCAGGCGGUGUUGAUGGCGGCCGGCGGGGGCUCUCGGAUGACCGACCUGACGUACAACACCCCCAAAGCGAUGCUGCCGGUUGGGAACCGACCCCUGAUAUGGUACCCUCUAAACCUGCUGGAGAGGGUGGGCUUUGAUGAGGUGAUCGUGAUAACCACUAAGGAGGUCCAAAAGAUGAUGAGCACAGACCUCAAACUGAAGAUGGACGUGAAGAUGAAACUCGACUUUGUUUGCAUCCCGGAAGAUGAAGACAUGGGCACAGCCGACGCUCUACGACAUAUCCAGCCGAAGAUCAAGACGGACAUCUUGAUCUUGAGUUGUGAUGUGAUAACAGAUGUAGCACUUCAUGAGGUGGUCGAUCUUUUCCGGGCCCAUGAUGCAACACUGGCCAUGCUGAUGAGCAAAGGCCAUGAAUUCACAGAGACGGUGCCAGGCCAAAAGGGCAAAAAGAAAACGGGUGAGCAGCGAGAUUUUGUAGGUGUGGACCAAACAGGCCAAAGGGUUUUGUUUAUGGCCAAUGAGGUGGAUCUGGAGGGCGGUCUAUCAAUUAGAAAGUCCAUCUUGACCAGACAUCCAAGAAUGCUCAUCAAAACAGGCCUCAUGGACGCUCACCUUUACUGCAUGAAAAAAGCAGUGGUGGACUUUCUAACGGAAAACAAAUCUAUUUCAUCAGUCCGCGGUGAGCUUGUGCCAUAUCUGGUGCGCAAGCAGUUUUCCAAAGCAAUGAGUCGUCCAAAAUGUAAAGAUGACACUGAUGAGCAAAGCCAGAAGAAGAGUGACAACUCGACAAACAAUGAGCUUCUAAUUUCAUCACGCGACAACUCUCUCCUCCAAUUGGCUCUGGAGCGCUCCUGCUGGAAUGACCAUCAGGGGGACAUGAACGAGGCAUACCAUGGGGGUAAGCUUCGCUGCUACGUUCACAUCAUGGAACAGGGCCUCUGUUUCCGCGUCAAUACGCUUGCCGCCUACAUCGAGGCGAAUCGCCUGGUUCCCAAGCUUUUGUGCGAAGAGCCAGCAGUCCACCCAUCUGCUGUCAUUUCAGAAAGAUGUCAGAUGGGAUCCGACAGCAUGAUUGGGGCUCUUUGUCAAAUCGCGGAUAAGACUUCAAUAAAAAGGUCCACUAUCGGAAGCUCCACCAGCGUAAAGGAGAAGGUCAGAGUGACCAACUCAAUCAUCAUGCAUGGCGUUACCAUUGAAGAAGGGUGCAACAUUCAGGGCAGCGUGAUCUGUAGCAACGCUGUGAUUGGCCGUGGCUCGGACCUCAAAUACUGCCUGGUGGGAAGCGGUCAACGAAUUGAACCCGGAGCUCGCAGAUCCGAAGUCCAUCUAACUAACGAACAACAUGUUUUAUUG